CAAAACUUGAAUCAGGAAUUCAGCAUGAAAUACAACAUCUACUUUAGUUGAUCCAACUUUGAGAAUGAACUAAAGAAGACCUGCCCCAAAGUCUUCUUUUAGGAGCUAAAGAUAGACUGCAAAGUCUACCAGGCAAAGAAGGAGUAGGAGUUCGGAGACGAGCUGACCGACGCGCCCCCAAAAGGAGAAAGAAACAUGAGCUGCUUCAGCUGUUGUGAAGAUGAUAACAUCCAUUAUUCUUCUCAAAAUGGACCAUUCACGGCAAAUAACCCAGAAAGAAAUAUUGAAGGUCAUCAAGAUGAAGCUCCAAGACAGGAAGCACAAGCUGUUACUUUCCAACCCAUUGCUGUCCCUGCCAUCUCAGUGGAUGAACUAAAGGAAAUAACAGAGAAUUUCAGUACAAAAUCCUUAAUCGGUGAGGGCUCUCAUGGAGUAGUAUAUUAUGGUGUUCUAAAAAGUGGGCAAGCUGCCGCAAUCAAAAAAUUGGAUUCCAGUAAGCAACCACACCAAGAAUUUCUAGCAAAGGUUUCCAUGGUAUCAAGACUAAAACAUGAAAAUUUUGUUGAGCUUCUUGGUUAUUGUGUUGAUGGGACUUUCCGUGCACUUGCAUAUGAGUAUGCUCCAAAUGGAUCUCUCCAUGAUAUUCUUCAUGGAAAGAAAGGUGUCAAAGGUGCAAAGCCAGGUCCUGUUCUAUCAUGGACUCAAAGAGUGAAAAUUGCAGUGGGAAUAGCCCAGGGACUUGAAUAUUUACAUGAAAAGGCACGACCUCGUACUAUUCAUCGAGACCUUAAAUCCAGCAACAUUCUACUGUUUGAUGAAGAUGUAGCUAAAAUUGCUGAUUUUGACUUGUCGAAUCAAGCUCCCGAUACAGCAGCAAGGGUUCAUUCCACACGUGUUCUUGGAACCUUUGGUUAUCAUGCUCCGGAAUUCACAAUGACUGGAGCACUGACUUUCAAGAGUGAUGUUUAUAGUUUAGGGGUUAUCCUUCUGGAGCUCUUAACUGGGCGUAAACCUGUUGAUCAUACACUCCCACGUGGACAGCAGAGUCUUGUGACAUGGGCAACUCCACAACUUAGUGAAGAUAAAGUGAAGCAGUGUGUUGAUGCUAGACUACUUGGAGAUUACCCUUCAAAGGCAGUUGCAAAGUUUGCUGCUGUGGCUGCAUUGUGCCUGCAAUACGAAGCUGAUUUCCGGCCUAACAUGAGCAUUGUAGUCAAAGCUCUCCAGCCUCUUUUGCACACUAGGCCCACUUCCCAGGGUAAAAUGCAACAUCCAUAAAUUCCUCAGUGACUCACCUUCCAGUCUUUGCUAAUUCUGUCGUUAUGAUUUGUUUCUGUAAAUUGAUGCUUUCUGGUUUUUCCAUUGUUUUAAACCUUGGAGAUUUUAUUUGUCUUGUCGUUGGAGUUCUGGUUUGACUUGAAUGAUUGAGGCAUGAUAUUUGAACUUAAG